CGGCGACGAACUGCGGCGGCGGCGGUUGGUCGCCGGAAUGCUGGCACGCACUGAUCGAGUCCGAGUCGCCCCGCAGGGACAAGUGACUUCGCUCCCGGGCUGAUUUCAAGAACAGAGCUUUGGAGCCAACACUGCUGUUCCUUGUUGUUUUUGACAAGCUACCACGGGAAGAAUAUUAGUUUCAUCUCAGAGUAGAUGACCAUGCAGCCUGCAAUUCAGGUAUGGUUUGGGGAGGACCUACCUCUAAGUCCCAGGUGUCCCCUGACUCCCAGACAUGGACCAGGUCUGGCCGAUGUCUGUCAGUAUGAUGAGUGGAUAGCUGUGAGGCAUGAAGCCACUCUGCUGCCUAUGCAAGAAGACCUCUCUAUUUGGUUAUCAGGCUUACUAGGUAUUGACAUUAAGGCAGAAAGAUUAUUGGAAGAGCUUGAUAAUGGAGUGCUGUUGUGUCAAUUAAUCAACGUUCUUCAAAAUAUGGUAAAGGAAUGCCACUCUGAAGAACCAGAGAAUUUUCCAAUGAGGAAAGUGCCUUGUAAGAAAGAUGCUGCGUCGGGUUCAUUCUUUGCCAGAGACAACACCGCAAACUUUCUUCACUGGUGUCGGCACAUUGGGGUUGACGAAACUUACCUCUUUGAGUCUGAAGGGUUAGUUUUACAUAAAGACCCCAGGCAGGUGUACCUUUGUCUCCUUGAGAUUGGUCGAAUUGUGUCAAGAUAUGGAGUUGAGCCACCAGUAUUAGUGAAACUGGAGAAAGAAAUUGAGUUAGAAGAGACCCUGCUUAAUACCUCGGGGCUUGAAGAGUCCAUCAACAUCCCCAAAUCUUGCUGUCAGCAUGAAGAGCUACACCAGGCUGUUAAACAUAUUGCUGAGGAUCCUCCUUGUAGUUGUUCUCAUCGAUUUUCUAUUGAAUAUUUAUCUGAAGGACGGUACCGGCUCGGGGAGAAAAUACUCUUUAUAAGGAUGCUUCAUGGGAAACACGUAAUGGUCCGUGUUGGUGGAGGCUGGGAUACUCUGCAAGGAUUUUUGCUGAAAUACGACCCCUGUCGAAUACUGCAGUUUGCUACCCUAGAACAAAAAAUUUUAGCAUUUCAAAAAGGAAUUUCAAAUGAAAGCAUGCCAGACUCGCCUGCCAGAAUGCCUCAGCCCCCAGAAAUGGACCCUUUGUCUGCAGUUAACAUGUUUCAGAAGCAGAAUUUAAAAGCGGGCACACCAGUGAGUGCUCCAAAGAGCACGGAAAGACAUGUGCGCCUGCCAGGUGUGUUGCCUCCUGCAUCAUCAGUAAAAGGCAGUGCAGCUUCCCUGCCCGCCGGGUCUAAACUUCCGGAUUCUCCAGCAUCGUCUUCACAUCCCAAGGUCACGUCUGUGAAGGGCAGAGCGAAAAAGCCACAUGCUCCUCCCAAUGGUGCAUCGUCUUCUUUAACUUCAGUGGGCAACAGCACCACACCAGCGUCAUCCAAUGCUGUGCACUGUGCAUCUGAGUCAGUGAGAAAAUGUGUCACCUUCUCCAAGACCGCUAAGACCUUGGCUGUUCCAGCACAGAAUCCAAGAGAUCUAUCUAAGGCUAGACUUUUGCCAAGUAAGUCUUCUGGAAAAAUUGAACCGAAGCAUUUGAAACACAAUCAUCUUUCUUCCAGGGACGCAUCACCUAUAAAUUUAUCAACUAAGUGUCCAAAGCUACCUAAGGGAAACAUGCACGGAAGGCCUAACCCUUCUCUUUUCCAAUCCCCUGCAAAAGUGACCAAACCCACUUUCAAAACCAGAACCAUAGGUCUAGGGUCGCAGUCUCAGCCUCCCGACAGAACUCUGAAGCCACGGGCAGUCCCAGCACAGAGACUUCAGAACUUAAACCAUCCUGCGUCUGUCUGUUCAUUGUCCUCUGCAAAAGCUACCACGGAAACAAAAGGCGAGAAAAUAGUUUCAGCUGCCAGAGAACAAACACAGACUAAGGCUGCCAGCCGGAAGACAGCACCUGGCUCUCCCAAGUCUCCUGGCCGCACCCCACUGUCCAUUGUGAGCGUCCCCCAAUCUGCUGCCAAGACAGAAACUGGCUCAAAGUUAGCACAGACUGCCAUGAAGGGCCAGUAUUCAGCUAAAGGGCCUCCCAAAAGUGGCAUGCCACCAGCUUCCACCAGGAAACCACCCUCAUCUGCUAAGGGGGCAGCGAGUGGAGAGAAAAACCCUGCUGCUAAGAAAAAGGAAGGCGAUGAUCAUUAUUUUGUUAUGACUGGAAGUAAGAAGCUUAAAAAGUAAACACACUUGUAUCAUCUUAACAAACCCAGGUGGCUGAUCAGAAUGG